UUAAUAAUGUGUAUUUACUGGAAGUUUGCAUAACGUUAUGCAGAAUGUACCGCCUGGUCGCAGUAUUAAUCGCGGCGCUCUGUGCAACCGGAGUGCUAUGUUCCGCUCUGCCCAAUGUUGAGGUCGCGCACGUGAGCACGAGGGCCACCAGAUUACCACGCCCUCUGAGCAUUAGCGCCUUCAACAUCAAGGUGUUCGGCCGCGCGAAAAUGAGCGACCCGGCCACCGCAGCGCAAAUUAGAGAUAUUGUACAACGGUACGACGUGAUUUUAAUCCAAGAAAUCCGCGACAUAACUGGAGAGGCGCUUCAGCAACUGUGGGACAUGGUGGGAAGAACUCAGUUCGGGAUGGUUUGCAGUGCAAGACUCGGCCGCACGACUUCCAAAGAAGAAUACGCCUACUUCCUCCGGCUGUCGGCAGUGCAGAUAAUCGGCGUCCACCAGUAUGACGACGGACCGGACGAUUAUACAGACGCCUUCGAGAGGGAGCCGUUCUCUGUCAGGAUAAGACCUGUGGGAGGGUCCUACGAUAUUGCUUUGGUCGGCAUUCAUGUUAAACCAACCGACGCCGUUAAAGAGAUUGACGCAUUGAUUGACGUAUAUGAUGACGUAAUCAGAAUUUGGCCAACAGUAAAGGACGUCAUCAUACUUGGUGAUCUGAACGCUGACUGCAGCUACGCCUCUGAGUCUGACCUCCUGCGCAUGCCCAUCUACAAUCAGAACCUGUUCCAGUGGCCGAUAGGCUUUGACGCCGACACGACCGUGUCUAGCACGCACUGUGCCUAUGACCGAUUCAUUCUGUCGGGACCCAAUGUGAGGUCAGCCCUGAUUCCAGGCAGCGUCGGUGUCUUCUUGUUCGACAAGUAUUUCGGCAUGACUUACACUGAGGCUUACGACCUAAGUGACCAUUAUCCCAUUGAACUGGAGUUGUUGUAAAUAUACAAUAAAUAAUUGUUGAGUUA